UCUUUUUCACCCAGGUUGGCCGUGAAUGUCACUCUCAGGCACCUGGUUGUCCCUAACAGCUCAGAGCCUGUCUUUCUGUGAGCAUACUCAGGAUUACAUUUCAUAGACUUGUGUUUAGAAUGGCCGAGCGCCUUGGAGAGUGAGAGCUUCUUGGGUCUGCUGAUGUCAGCUUCUAGAAGAGAGGUCCAGGUCUUAAGAGGUGAGGCGAAUCUCCCAGGGUCAUGUAGCCAGUUCUCAAAGGUGCAGCCUCUGUCUCCUGAGUCCCUGCCCUACUGCUGUGUUCUCAUGACAUGGGACCUUAUGCCUGCUUUAGCGUAGACCAGCAGGUGAACUUGAUCAUUGCUCAGCGUUCAUUAGCCAAGUGAAAACGUGCUAUCCAUCCCCCCCCACCCGAGCCCCAAUGGAAGGUGCUGAAACCUUGUGAAGGUGAGCUUGAUGAAGAAGGUUUUGGCUUCUGUGCCAAAAGUGUCUCAGUCUGCCCGUCUAUGUCGUGGUGGUGGUGAGUAGUGACUAAGGGCUCUUUCUCCCCUGUUGGGAGUUGGGUUUGGGCCGAGCGAGGGGAGAAGAGGAGAAUUGUUAUUUUCCUCAGGGCUGCAGUUUCCACAUUCAUUCAGCAGACACUGACUGGACAUCUGCUAGGUGUCCAGUGUGGAGCCAGGCACUUCACUUCCUUAGUUCAUUUGAUCCUCAGCACAACCUGUGGCUGAGGGACGACCCCUGUUUCGUUGAUGAAAAUAUUGUGGCCUGGAGGAAUCGCUCACCCCAGGUGAGAAGGGGCAGCUGGGGUUUGAACUUGGCCCAGCUGCCCUCAGCCCUGUAUUAUUUCUGCCACGCCGUGCUGCUUUUCCAUCCGGUGCUCACUGGGGAGGAGAGUACCUGCUGUAAGACAUGUGCUUUGCCCAGUGGGCGCUCCCUGGCAACUCCUGCCUGGGUGCCAUGCUGUAACUGCUAGGAGGGGGCGUGGGUGGGCCUUCGAGCUCCUGGAGAGCUGGGCCUGUGCAGGUCCUGUCUGAGGCCAUUGUGUGUCCUGGCAGCUGGACUGUGCCUGUGCAGGAAGGUGGCUUUUGCAGGUUCCACUGCUGCUGCCUGCCCCCACCCCGCAGAGGCCACCCUCCCGCCCAGGCUGCCUGCUGGCUGAAGCCUGAGCACCCUGACAGAGAAAGCCCAGCGGGGAGAGGCCUGCGGCCCUGACUGGAAUUCCCCUUGCUCUGGCAUUGGCCUUGGCCGUGGGCCUGGGAGUGGAGGGAGGUUCUGCCCGCAGGCUGGGAGCAGCUUCUCUGCAUGUGUGGAAGUGGGAAGCUGAUGUCCCCUGCAGCUGGCCGUCUCCAUGAUCUGGGGAGUUGACCACACUUGGCCAUUUCCCAGAAGGUCCCACCCCAAGGGGAUGUGGCCAAUAGGAAGCCGUUUCUGCUGACAUCAGUUCAGGAGGUACACAUCCCAAGUCUGCCCAAGUGAAGAUGGCUCAUGCCCGCCCUGGGAUGGAGCCCAGCGCCUGAGGUCCUUAUCAUGGUGAUGAUCCUAAGUGAAAGCCUCAGCACCCGGGGAGCGGACUCCAUCGCAUGCGGAACCUUCAGCCCUGAACUGCACACGCCAAAGAAGAUGAGUCAAGGACCUACACUUUUCUCUUGUGGAAUUAUGGAAAAUGACAGAUGGCGAGACCUGGACAGGAAAUGCCCCCUUCAGAUUGACCAACCAAGCACCAGCAUCUGGGAAUGCCUGCCUGAAAAGGACAGCUCACUGUGGCACCGGGAGGGAGUGACCGCCUGUGCUGUGACCAGUCUGAUCAAAGACCUCAGCAUCAGUGACCACAAUGGGAACCCCUCAGCACCCCCUAGCAAGCGCCAGUGCCGCUCACUGUCCUUCUCCGAUGAGAUGUCCAGCUGCCGGACAUCAUGGAGGCCCUUGGGCUCCAAAGUCUGGACUCCUGUGGAAAAGAGACGCUGCUACAGCGGGGGCAGCGUCCAGCGCUAUUCCAACGGCUUCAGCACCAUGCAGAGGAGCUCCAGCUUCAGCCUCCCUUCCCGGGCCAACGCGCUUUCCUCCCCCUGUGACCAGGCAGGACUCCACCACCGAUUUGGAGGGCCGCACUGCCAAGGGGUGCCAGGCUCAGCCCCCUGUGGACAGGCAGGUGACACCUGGAGCCCUGACCCAUACCCCAUGGGAGGGGGCCGGCUGGACCUGCAGCGGUCCCUCUCUUGCUCACACGAGCAGUUUUCCUUUGUGGAAUACUGUCCUCCCUCAGCCAGCAGCACACCUGCCUCAACGCCAGAGCUGGCGAGACGCUCCAGUGGCCUUUCCCGCAGCCGCUCCCAGCCAUGUGUCCUUAAUGACAAGAAGGUCGGUGUUAAAAGGCGGCGCCCUGAAGAAGUUCAAGAGCAGAGGCCUUCUCUAGACCUUGCCAAGAUGGCACAGAACUGUCAGGCCUUCAGCAGCCUCAGCUGCCUGAGCACAGGGACGGAGGACUGCAGCCCCCAGAACCCCUUCGCCUGCCAUGUCAGCACCACCAGGGCCUGGACCGCCCUGCUCUCAGCCUCCGGCCCAGGGGGCAGGACCCCUGCUGGGACCCCAGUCCCUGAGCCUCUUCCCCCUUCCUUCGACGACCACCUCGCCUGCCAGGAGGACCUGUCCUGUGAGGAGUCAGACGGCUGCGCCCUGGACGAGGAUUGCGGGAGGAGAGUGGAGCCGGCCACAGCCUGGAGGGACCGCGGGGUCCCCGGGAACAGCCUCUGCUCCCUGGACGGCGAGCUGGACAUCGAGCAGAUAGAGAAGAACUGAGGGGUGCGAGCCCAGGUAGGGCUGGGUGUGCUGGAAUCCACAGCCCUCCCUCUGGGCACUAGGUGGGCCCUUGAAGGGGAGCCCAACUCUUGGGCCUGAUGAAAGCUUCCUGAGCGGUGUCGGGUCCCAGAGAGGGAGCCCACCCGCUGCCUGGGGGAGAGCCUGGCCUGGCCGCGCCACACAGCUGGGUGUUAGCUUCUCGCCGGCUCCCCGAGCGUGGCAGCCACCAGGUCCUCGGAACUGCCACAGCCCAGGGAGCAGCUUCGGAGUCUGGGUAUUUUCUGCCUUUUUCCUCGCGGGAUGUUGGGCAGUCUGUUGCUCCCGGCAGAGCUGGGCACCGCUCUGGAUCCCCCUGGUGGGGGCGGUCAGGGAGGGCCUGGGGUGGGGGCCGGGGGCCAUCUGCUGCAUCAGGGCCCUUCGUGGCCUCGCUCAGGUUCGCUUUUGGGGAGUUGGCCCCACAGCUUCUUUCACUCAGUUCUAUUCCGUGCCUUCUCUCCCGGGGCUCCCUGCUUCAGGCUUGGGAAGGUUCGGGAGAUGCUUCUUUCUGUAACCCCAGAACCAUUUGGCCUUAAUUCCAAGUGUGAGAGACAGAAUCCCUGGGGUACUGGACCGGCCCUCCAGACGGUGAGCCUGUGUCCGGAGUCUCAGGCCCAAGGAGCAGCUUGGAGGGUGCUGGUUAGGGGCCUUCCACGCUGGGUGGAAAUUUGGUGGAUCUGUUGGCUGAAAAGACAGACUCACUGUGCCUCCCGCAGCAUGGAGAGCCGGGCCCCAUGGUUCCACCGCCAUUGAGGCAGGUUAGCAGAUGGCAGCCCUUCUCUGUGGCUGGCUGGUCACUGAGUGAUCAACGUGGUUGAUUCCGGUGAGUGUAGGGAUGGCGCGAUACCAGGGGGUAUGUCUUGAAAAUGACCUGGGGAGACAGGAGCUGCGAGCGGGUGCACAGACGCAGGAGCUGUGCAGUCAGGAGCGAGGGCCGUCCGCUGUCCAUUCUGCGGGGGCCCCUGCAGGGUUCCAAGCACCUCCCAUUUGUUCUUGAGGACUGUUGGCUGUAACCAGGGUGUACCACCCACCCCAAGACAAGCCCACACCCUUGUCAGCUUAGGGGGAGCCCAGUUCUGAAGGCUGUGUCUCUGCCGUAGGCCCAGCCACGGGCACAAAGCUGGAUUCAUACUCCCCGCCCCACCCCUCUCCCGCCCUGGCUCCCUACCCGGGGGCCUCCAAGGAGCCUGGGCCCCUGAGGGUUUGCUCUUGGGUAGCUCCUCUCCCUGCCAUGCAGACACCAUCACAUGGGCUCUGCACUAUGGGAAUCUGGCUUUUAGCGAACUUGGCAUCUUCCGCAGACAAUAGCAAUCGGGCUGGCUUAGGAACAAGUGGCUCAUUUUCCCAUAAGGCUAAAAAUAACUGGCGCGCUCCUCGCGUUGGCUGACAUGCGUUAAAAGCACUUUUGUAGACACUUUGCUUUUGCUCGUCUUCCAUGGACGAGUGAAUGCCUCGCUUCUGCAGGUCGAGCCCAGGUGGUUCUCACCCUCUUUCUCCUAAAGAGAAAGAUGCUUUUUGGGAAA